AUGGAUACUGAAGGCUUUGGAGAGCUUCUCCAGCAGGCAGAACAGCUUGCAGCCGAGACAGAAGGUAUCUCUGAGCUCCCUCAUGUAGAACGUAACCUGCAGGAGAUCCAGCAGGCUGGGGAGCGCCUGCGUUCCCGCACUCUGACCCGCACUUCCCAGGAGACUGCAGAUGUUAAGGCGUCUGUUCUUCUCGGGUCUAGAGGGCUUGAUAUAUCUCACAUUUCUCAGCGACUAGAGAGUCUAAGUGCAGCCACUACAUUUGAGCCUCUUGAGCCUGUGAAGGACACUGACAUCCAGAUCAUCUCCCCAGGUGUCUUAGAAAUUGAUGACCCAUCUAUUUCUGCUUUACAAUAG